CCCUCGGCAACGGGCCUGUCGGGGCUCGGGGCGGCGGCGAGGCCUGGGCCCGGGGUUGGGGGUGAGGCUUCUCCCCGGGCGGGGCGGGGACUGAACUGAAGCGGGGUCGGUCUGUACCUGCUGGGUUGAGAAGAAUGAGCGGUGAUGCCAUCGGCUCCUCCACUGUGGGCAGCGGCCUCUCCCCUUGCUGCUGCCGGCCGGUGAGAGACUCCAGCACAGUGCCAACAACAGAUGUGAAGUUAACAGGACCACAGUUCCCUGUUUUUUGUCUUCCACCCCUCUCCAACAAUGGGGUCACAUCUGAGGUUUUACAACCCACUGGGACCUUCCUGGAACACAGUGAGUUCUGACAAACUUCAACCAAUGCCUCCACUUUCUCUUCAGCCACUUCCUUUAAACCCUCGAGUGCAGGUCAUUGGGACCUGGUGACAUUUGCUUUUAGUCCCUUAGUUUUUCCCUUCGUGAUGGGAUUGUUACAGAUUAUUGCACAGUGUUGAAAUGUCAUCCAUCAGGUAGCUUUGGGAUGUUUUCUGUGUCCCCACCGUGGGCACUGAUCUAAUUGUUGAGUUCACCCAUCUGCCAUUUCCUUGUUAGUUUUAGCUUUUGAGUCGCUUGUUGCUGGUUCCUGAAAACUCCCCAGUGCUCUGGUCCACCACCAGCCCCUGCCAUUUAAUGUGCCUUUGAUUUAAUAUUUCCUUCGACCUCCUUUGUUGACCACAGAAGUUUCAUCUUUCUCCUGGAUCCCUCUGUCUAAUUGGGAUCAGUGUCUGCUGAGCGUUCUGAUCCAGCUGUUUAAACAUCUGCCACUGCUCACCCACUGCCCUGUCCCUGAGCCUAUUUACCCCAUCCACCCCAGACAGCUCCACCCUCACACCCGUGGAACUGCCCUUAAUUCAGGGUGAGGCCAUUGGUUCUGGAGCCGGGUGUUCACCCUCACACUGUGUCUGGAAUUCUCCCACGUUGUGAUCACUUCUUCCUCAGGGAUCCUGCACCACAGGAUCUCUCAUUGAUCCCACCUCAUUACACAGACCCACAUCUAACAUGUCCUGUCCCUGGGUAGGUUGUGUAACACACUGCUGUGAGGAGCAGUCCCUGCCCACUCCACACAUUCAUCUCCCACGGCACCUUGCCAGUUUGAUGAGUUUAAUCAAUACACAGAUGACAGUCACAGUUCCCUUCUUCCCUCCCUUUGAUAUUUCCCCAUUUGUGCUCUAUCCCAUCAAGAGGCAACACCUGGGGGUGCAGAGACCACUCCCACCCACGCCUUCUUUCCCCUGCUGUUCAUCAUUUCCCCACAAACUGAUUCCCCAUCACUGUCCCUGCAUCUACACCCCCCUCACCCGCACGUGGUGAACAAGAUCACCCUCCUCCUUUCCCUUUUGCCCAUUCCUGUGGAACACUGAAUAUCCUGGAAUAUUGAGUUCCCAGUCCCGGUCACCCUACAACCAUGUCCCUGCAACAGCUGUUGUAUCAAACAUUGUACAAUGUGGAACAGUAGAGCACAGAAACAGGCCCUUCAGCCCACAAUGUUUGUGCCAGCCGUGAUGUCAAACUAAACUCCACCUGUGUCCCUGCGCAUGAUCCAUUUCCAUUACCUGCACUUUCCUGGUUUUGUCUAAAUGCCUCAGAAAUGCUGCGAUCAUGUCUGCUUCCACCACCACCCCUGGCAGCACGUUCCAGGCACCCACCACUCUCUGUGCAAAACAGAAACUUACCCCACACAUCUCAUUUAAACUUAAAGCUGUGCCCUCGGGUAUUUGACAUUUCUACCCCAGGAGAAUUUCUACUCCUCCACCUCUUCUACCUCCCUCUCCAUCAGGUCUGAAACAUCAACACCCUGGGACGUUGAGCUGCCAGUCCCGUCCCCCUCACAACCAGGUCUCUGUACUGGUCACAGCAUCACAGUACUCUGCACUGAUCCAGGCUCUGAGGCCGUCUGCCUUACCCAGAAUUCCCUUCCACUGAAACACACACACUUCAGCCCCUCAGUCCCACUGUGAUCAUUUACCUGGCCCUGCCCGUCUUGCCCAUCAGCCUCACUGUUCCCAACCCCGACCUUCCCCUCAAUCCCCCCACCUGCUGACCUGCAGCUCUGGUCCCCACCCCCUGCCACGCUGGGUUAAACCCUCCUGAGUAGCACCAGUGAACCUCCCUGUGAGGACAUUGGUUCCCGUCCAGUUUAGGUGGAACCCGACCUCCUUGUCCCGGUCCCACCUGCCCUGGAAGAGAGCCCAAUGAUCCCUGUACCUGAAGCCCUCCCUCCUGCACCAGCUCCCUCGCCACAACUUUAACUGCACUGGAGAAGUCACCAGGAGCACAGAUCUGCUUAUAAUUCCUGCCCCUUCCCCUGACCGUGAUUUUCAUUCCCCCCUCACUGUCCGGUACCACAGCUCUCCCAGAUUUGUAUUUAAUGAAUUAAUCUUCUCAUCACUGGAGGCCUCUGCACCCUCCCCCACCAACUACUGUGUGUGAGGAGGGCGCUCUGCCCUGUUCCUGGGCCCGGGGAGGGACAGACGUCACUUUCAGCCGCUCCCUCAAGUAUUUGUUGGCGAAUGGAAACGGAUUUCUGAUAAUUCGGGAGCAGGGGAGGCAGUGAAACCGGGAAAUCCUUCAACACGGACCCGGUGUGUGAGAGAGUUUGUCCGGAGCGCUGUGUUUCCGUUCUGUUGUGGGGAAACCGGUGGGAAUUGGCGGUUGUGGAAAACUGGGGGCGGAGCUGGAAGAUGAGAGGCCGCUCUCCGCUCUGUCUGUCACUCUGACUCUGUCCCCUCCCCUCCCCGCCUCCCCUCUCUCUCUCUCUCUCUCUCUCUCUCUCUCUCUCUCUCUCUCUGCGCCUUUCUCGGGCAGGUCGGGGCGCUGUGUAUAAAAGGAGACAGCAGCAGUCGGUGUGUCAUUCAGCAGCGACUUGAGUGAAGCAGCAUCAUGUCUGGCAGAGGGAAAGGAGGCAAAGGACUGGGCAAAGGCGGCGCCAAGCGGCACCGUAAAGUGCUCCGUGAUAACAUCCAGGGCAUCACCAAACCAGCCAUCCGGCGCCUGGCUCGGCGUGGCGGCGUCAAGCGCAUCUCGGGGCUGAUCUACGAGGAGACCCGCGGGGUGCUGAAGGUUUUCCUGGAGAAUGUGAUCAGGGACGCGGUCACCUACACCGAGCACGCCAAGCGCAAGACGGUGACUGCCAUGGAUGUGGUGUACGCUCUGAAACGCCAGGGCCGCACUCUCUAUGGCUUCGGCGGCUGAA